AUGAUCUGCAAGGCACGAAAACUACUCCGUACAAGGCUAUUUGUUGCUUGUGACGGUGGUUUCAUCAAUGACUUGCAUGUAUGGACAGAUCUGUUGGAGAGCAAUAACAUCAUGCGCGCUGAGGUGCCACUCUUGCAUAGCGGGAUGCAGGAAAUUCCAGACCUGCAUCGAUGCAGGCGCUACAAAACAUAA